AGUAUAAGAGACAGGUAGACGGGUGCUGCAUUAGAUUGCUCGUUCGCGAAAUAGACGUUACUGGGUUGGCGCUUCAACAGUGAUUGGACGGAACCCACCAUUCGACACCAUGAGCUCCCAAGUUCGCCAGAAUUUCCACCAGGACUGCGAGGCUGCCCUCAACCGCCAGGUCAACCUAGAGCUCUAUGCCUCCUACGUGUACCUAUCUAUGUCCUAUUACUUUGAUCGUGACGAUGUGGCACUGAAGAACUUCGCAAAAUAUUUUCUUCACCAAUCUCAUGAAGAACGUGAGCAUGCAGAGAAAAUUAUGAAGCUGCAGAACCAACGUGGAGGGAGGAUUUUUUUGCAGGAUGUGAAGAAGCCAGAUCGUGAUGAGUGGGGCAGUGGUUUGGAGGCUCUUGAAUGUGCUCUGCAGCUGGAGAAAAAUGUCAACCAGUCCCUGCUGGAUCUGCACAAAUUGUCUACAGAUCGCAACGAUCCCCAUCUUUGUGACUUCAUUGAAACUCAUUACUUGGAUGAGCAAGUAAAAUCAAUAAAGGAGCUGGGUGAUCAUGUGACCAACCUGCGCAAGAUGGGAGCCCCACAAAAUGGCAUGGCUGAAUACCUCUUUGACAAACACACACUCGGAGAGUCCCACGACUGAGAUCCUCUAUCCUGCUUCCUGCCCUCUACUUUUAUCUGGUCUGUUUAUUUGUGAAACCUAGCUCUGUUUUCUCCUAUAUUUUGACACUAAUAAAAUUCUACAAGGAGU